GCUGAAUGCUUCAGUUGGCCAGCGAACGUCGCAGCGUGCGGCCGUAGUAACCGCACAGAAAGAAAGUGUUGAAGAAAGCGCACGUAAGCGUACAAGAAAAUAAGAAAAGAGAAGCUUCAGAUCGAACGAGCUAGUGAGUGCUUCAAGUGUGUGCGAGGCAAAAGGCAAAACCAAUUGAAACAACAACAAUAACACUCGGCGAAAUAUCAACUCCUUCCCAUAGCGCAAACACGUCGCGGCACGUUGAAAGAUCGCUAUCGCCUGACGGACUGACAGACAUCCAAUAGAAGGAGCCUUCAGCCAUGAGCUCGGCCAUUGUGGGCGCUGCCUCGGCCAUCGGGGGCGCGGUGACGGCGGCAACCAGCAACAGCUGGUUCAUACCCAUGCUGAUGGCAGCGGUUGCCUACUUCCAGUACGAGGAGAUCAUGGAUCCCGAGUCGAAGCCCAGCGACGUCAGCAGCGAUGAUAUUCUCGAUCACUAUGACUUUAUAGUGAUAGGCGCCGGCUCGGCCGGCGCUGUGGUGGCCAAUCGCUUGACCGAGGUGGAAAACUGGAAUGUUCUGCUCCUGGAGGCGGGCGGCGAUGAGACGGAGCUAACGGAUGUGCCACUGAUGGCCGGAUAUUUGCAGCUAUCGAAAAUCGACUGGCAGUACAAGACGGAACCGUCGGGAACUUCGUGUUUGGCUAUGCAAGGCGGACGCUGCAACUGGCCGAGGGGCAAGGUGCUGGGCGGUAGCUCCGUCCUCAAUUACAUGCUUUAUUUGCGUGGCUCGAAGCACGACUACGAUAACUGGGAGGCACUGGGUAACCCAUCCUGGUCGUACCGCGAUGCGCUUUACUACUUCAAGAAGUCGGAGGAUAACACCAAUCCGUAUCUGGCUAGCACGCCCUACCAUGCCACUGGGGGCUAUCUGACUGUGGGCGAAGCGCCCUACCACACCCCCCUGGCGGCCAGCUUUGUGGAAGCGGGCGUGGAAAUGGGCUACGACAAUCGCGACUUGAACGGCGAGAAGAUGACGGGUUUCAUGAUUGCCCAGGGCACCACAAGGCGUGGCUCGCGCUGCUCCACCUCCAAGGCGUUCCUCCGUCCGGCCCGACUGCGUCCCAAUCUGCACAUCUCAAUGAACUCGCAUGUGACGCGCAUCAUGAUCGAUCCGGUUAGCAAGUUGGCCUUUGGAGUGGAAUUCGUUAAAGAGCAGAAGCUCUACCAUGUUCGUGCCACCAAGGAGGUGGUGCUUUCGGGCGGUUCAGUGAACAGUCCGCAGCUUCUGAUGCUAAGCGGCAUCGGUCCACGCAAGCAGCUGGCCAAGCAUCGCAUACCGGUCAUCAAGGAGCUCAGCGUCGGCGAGAACCUCCAGGAUCACAUCGGACUGGGUGGACUCACGUUUCUGGUGAAUCAACCGGUGUCGAUAGUGGAGAACCGCUUCCACACCAUGUCCACUGUGCUGCAGUACGCGGUCUUCGGCCAGGGUCCGCUCACCAUUCUCGGCGGCGUCGAGGGCUUGGCCUAUGUGAAUACGAAGUAUGCAAACAGCUCGCUGGACUGGCCGGACAUAGAGUUUCAUUUCGUUUCGGGCUCAACGAACUCCGAUGGCGGCUCCCAGCUGAGGAAGGCGCACGGCCUCUCGGACUCGUUUUACCGUGCGGUGUUCGAGCCGAUCAACAAUCGGGAUGCCUGGAGCAUAAUUCCCAUGCUGUUGCGUCCACGCAGCACGGGUAGUAUUAAGCUGCGCAGCAGUAAUCCCUUCGACUACCCCUAUAUAUUUCCCAACUACUUGAAGGACGACUUCGAUCUGAAGACCCUCAUCGAGGGUGUCAAGGUCGCCGUCGCUCUUUCGCGCACCAAGGCGAUGCAGCGCUUCGGCUCCCGCCUCUCCAGCAUACACUGGCCGGGCUGCGAGCAUCUCGUCCCAUUCACGGACAGCUACUGGGAGUGCAUGGUGCGGCGGUACACAUCGACCAUUUACCAUCCGGUGGGCACCUGCAAAAUGGGUCCCUACUGGGACAAGGACGCUGUGGUCGAUGCCAAGCUAAGGGUCUACGGCAUUCGCGGACUGCGCGUCAUCGAUGCCAGCAUCAUGCCCAAGCUCGUCUCGGCCAACACGAAUGCGCCCGUGAUCAUGAUCGCCGAGAAGGGCAGCGAUAUGAUCAAGGAGUUCUGGAUUAAGAAUACAAUAGUCUGAUAAGCGAAUAACUUUCUUCUAUGACUCUGUAUAUGAGUGUGUGUGUGUGUGCGUGUGUGGAUUGGAGUAUGCAUCUGUGUGCGAAUCUGUGAGUGUAUUUGUCUCUUUUCUUUUUUUUUGCGUUUUAAUUUUUUUUUUUUAAUUUUAAGUAAAUUUUAUGUAUUUAUUGUAACUUAUUGAAACAGUGAAACAAUGUCCAGUAAAAUGUACAUUUUCUGUAAAUUUC